CAUUUUUAGCGCUCCAUCUUGAUCAGGUUGCGAGGCGAUUUCACCUGACAGUGAAACACAGUGUUACAGCGGUUUUUGUUUUUAUUGAUUUAUUGGUUGAUUUAUUUAUUUAUUAUUUGCAAGAUGGACUAUCAUAACGGAUAUCUCGGUUGUUAAUAAAGUCUGUCGAAGGCACUGCUUUGUAGCGUUUACUUUUGUGCUUGGUGUACCAGGAUCUCUGAGUACUCAGGAUGAGUAGCAGGCGCUGUAAGAACUGUGGUGGAGAUGAUAUAGACAUAGACCAGGCGCGUGGAAGUGCUGUGUGCACCACCUGCGGCUCUGUGCUCGAGGACAACAUCAUCGUGUCUGAGGUGCAGUUUGUGGAGAACAGUGGUGGAGGAGCUUCUGCUAUCGGACAGUUCGUGUCUGCUGAUGGUCCUGCGAAAACCCCAGUUCUUGGAACCGGCUUCCACACAAGUCUUGGGAAGGAGUCACGUGCUCAGACACUUCAGAAUGGGAAACGGCAAAUACACAGCCUGGGCAGCCAGCUGCAGCUAAACCAGCACUGCCUAGACACAGCCUUCAACUUCUUCAAGAUGGUGGUGAGCAAGCAUCUGACAAGAGGACGCAAGAUGGCCCACGUCAUAGCUGCCUGCCUGUAUCUGGUGUGUCGGACAGAGGGGACUCCCCGUAUCCUUAUUCGCGCCACGAUUUAUAUGCUCCUGGACCUGAGCGAUCUUUUACAGGUGAAUGUGUAUAUCCUGGGAAAGACUUUUCUGCUGUUGGCCAGAGAGCUCUGCAUCAAUGCGCCUGCUGUCGAUCCAUGCUUGUAUAUUCCCCGCUUUGCACACAUGUUGGAGUUCGGAGAGAAAACACAUGAAGUGUCUAUGACUGCACUGAGACUGCUCCAGAGGAUGAAAAGAGACUGGAUGCACACAGGACGCAGACCGUCUGGACUCUGUGGUGCAGCUCUGUUGGUGGCGGCCCGCAUGCAUGAAUUCCGCCGCACGGUGAAGGAGGUCAUUGGCGUGGUGAAAGUAUGCGAGGCGACUCUCAGAAAGAGGCUAACAGAGUUUGAGGACACACCCACCAGUCACCUGACCAUUGAUGAGUUCAUGCGAGUGGACCUGGAGGAGGAGUGUGAUCCCCCUUCUUUUGUUGCUGGUCAAAAGAAGUUAAAGAUCAUGCAGUUGGAACAGGAGCUUGCCAAGAAGCUUGAUGAAUAUCAAGGUGAGAUCAGUUCCUAUCGGGAUGAGAUCGAGACUGAACUGGAGAACAGCAGGCCUAAACUGAGAGGAAUCUAUGCCAUGUAUGUGCAAGAAGACACCAGCGAUGGCAGUGUGUCUCUGGGGUCGGACCUGGCAGGAGAUGAGGACACGGAAGAUGAGGAGAUAGAGGCGGCAGCUCAGCACCUCCAUGAGGACUUCAUGAACCAGGUGUUACCUGAACUGGCACAGGGACCUCAGGGGGGCACAGAGGCACAGGAGCAGGGUAAAGAAACAGCAGAGCUGCCCAGUGGCUCCACUCAUGUGCCACUGACUUCACUGCUUGGGCCACUUCCUAGCGCUGCCAGCCUUGGCCUCACAGACUCUAUCCGCCAUUGCCUGACAGACGAGGGGGAGGAUGAGGACAAGACAGAUAAUGGCGAGCUUAAUCUGGAAGGCAUCGAUGAGGACGAGAUCGAAAAGUACAUUCUCAAUGAGAAGGAGGUGCAGGCUAAGACGAAGCUGUGGAUGAUGCAAAAUGAAGAGUAUCUAAGGGAGCAGAAAGAAAAAGAAGAGAGGAUAGCUAGGGAGAAAGAGCAAGGAAUUUAUAAGGAGAAGCCGAAGAAAUCGUCCAAACGCCGAGAGCCUAUUCGGGCCAGCACUGCAGGAGAAGCAAUAGAGAAGAUGUUGGAACAAAAGAAGAUUUCGAGCAAAAUCAAUUACGAUGUGCUGCGAGACCUGAACAGCAAAGGCAGCAGCAGCCCGGCACAUACGACAGAGGAAGUGUCUGCUAUAGUCCCUGGACGUAAGAAGCUCACCCGCCGCAAGAAACAGCCCAACAAGAGCAAUCUGGGUCUGGCCAAGCCUGCCAGCCUUAUGGGGAAAAGGCUCCGCCCCCUCAUUGCGUCAAAUCACAAGAAGAAAAGAGCAGCUACACAGAUGCAGCCCAAUGCUCUGAUGCCCCCUCCAGUAACCCCUGAAACUCCUCCUGCACCUACUCCUCCUGCAGUCAUAGAGAGUGGCCCUGUGGCAUAUGAGGAACCCACUGAGGAAGAGGACGACGAAGAGGUGGAGGAGCCCUGCAUCAGUGCUAUGAAGCUUAUGGGAGGGAAUGAAUAUGGUUGCGAAGGCGAAGAGGAGGAAGUUUUUUAGCACACCGUGUUUGUCUUCUCAUCGGCCAUGAUUUCAUCAGCCUGUGAGUGAUGUCUUCUUCCCAUAUAGAGAAAGGAGAGGGCGAAAAACAGGACAUGGGGACGUGUGCUGUUGUCAUUCCCAUGAAGGGACAUUCAUGCGUCAUUGGACUUGUUCAACUCCUGUAGCAUGAGACAAUAGAGAGAAGAGUGUGUGUGUGUGUGUGUGUGUGUGUGUGUGUGUGUGUGACAUGUGGGAUUCACAUGACUGAAGACCAGAAAUGUCGAUUUUGUGAAUUGGACUAUGAUGCACAUGUUCAGAUGUGAAUAAUUGUAAUUACUUAUGGGGGAAGCUUUUUAUAAAUCCAUACACAUGCUAAGAAAAAAAAACUAACGAGGUGUUGUGUAUCUAUUUAUGUCAGUGAUGCAGCUUUAGAAUCAAUGUAUAUUUAUGUAGCCAGUAAGCCCAUUCAGGUGAUGUUUGUAUGAUAAAUGAUGGAUUUUAUUACCAUCAUCAUUUUAUUCACACUUACACUGAACAAUGAAAAAGUUGUUUUUGAUGUUUCUCGUUUGAUAGCAAUCGUUUUAUAAAUGUUCAAUGGUGCUCUUGUAGGAGAUGUUAUAUACUGUAUAUUGAGGAAAAAAUGUUAACAAUAGAUUUAUUUUUGUCAUUUGUGUAAUUUUAUGUCAGUUGUUUUACCACAUAAUAGUGCCAUCAUGUUAGCAGAUCAGUUUGCAUAUGUGUAAAUGUGUAUAAAUGUACAUAAUCUCUCUUGAAGCAAUGUCACUUGCUUUGUUUUAAAUAAAAAUGCAAUGUUUCCA